AACGGUCAAGAACGCAAUCCAGGAAGACUUACGCCAGUGGUAACUGAAUCCAUGGGAGUUACACAAACGUUAAUCGAAAACGUUGAACUUACAAAAAAGCUGCCAUAACCUUGAAGAAACUGUCGCAGAUCAAAAGGAACAGCGAUGAGUUUGAAAACGAGAAGCAUCGUGUUUGUGACUUUUUUCACAAGCUGUUUGAUCGUUGGAUUGCUGGUGGCCAGCCUCACGACCAACAAUUGGGUACAAGGAUCCGCGAAGCGCCACAAUUUCACAGAGUCGAUCGGUCAGAUCAAUUUCGGACUGUUUGCCGGCCACCGAAAUUUGAACGUCGGCCUAGGAUGGCGCAACUAUAAAAUAGAUGUUCCGUCCAUGAUUCGCAACGAGCCCGAAGUGAUGAGCUAUUGGCUUUGGCUUGGCGCGGCGGUCGGCACCGGUUUAGGCGUACUCGGCGGCGUGGUCGGUGCUAUCGGUGCUGUGCUGAAGUCAGCCUCGGCGUCAAAGAAAACCGGAACGAUGGUAGUACUGUUUGUCAGUAAUUUGCUUGCGGGCAUUUCGCAAACGAUCGCUUUCGUUUGCUGGUUGGUGCAGUUUUACAACUAUCUUACCCAUAACGUACUGUUGCUGGAGGAUCGCAACAACAAUUGGUACAGCACGGGGUUGACGAUGCUAGGAUCCAGCUUCUACUUCGUUUCCGCCGGCAUUGCUUUGGUGAUCGUUAAUCUCAUAUUGCUAAUACUGGCAACUCGUCUAGAGCAUUGGGAGCGUAAAAAAUUCUCACAUCCAGCCACCGACGAUAAGAUGCAAGGCGCUAUUAUGCUGUAUUGAUAAGUUAGGCAGCUCCUUUAUCUAACGGGAUCGUAUUUUAUUUCUUUUACAAUACUCAGUAUCACUGAUUUUAAGCUCCUUAUCCGCCACCUACAUAUUCGUAAAUUAAUGCUUUCUCGAUGCUUUAUUUCCGGCAUCCAAUUAAUGUAGAUUAAGUAGUAGUUAAAGGUGGUUUAAAAAUCACGCCAUAAGCUGAACUAAAGACAAAUUGAUGAAUCAUCAGUCGCCAGGAAAACCGCGUUGGAGCAUAAUUUAAUUCGCAUGGUUUACGGUAUGUACGAAGAACAUUUAAUAUCGUGCAUAUUUUUAACACUUUCCUUCUUUUUAUCAUGUAAUUUUACUUAAUUUUACACUUCAGUAUGAAAAGACCUUCAGUAUGAGGGUGUGAAGGAUUUACCAUAGGAAAUAAAUUGAAAUUAUGCCUGAUGGUG